ACGGCUGGUAAUUAAUCAAUCUUGCUAAUAUUUCCACAAGUUUUCCAUCACUUUUUGUUUAAUUAACAUCGUCUUUUUGACAUUUCUUGUGUUAAACGCUACUUAAAAAAAGUUGAUAGUCGCUGUUAACCAACCAACUAUUUUGUUUUAUCAUCACUAAGCUUUUUUUGUUGCGUGGUGUAGGUCCUUAAACUUUUUAAAAAAUGUGUCAAAAGUUAAUAUUAUUCCAUAAUUGAAGGGGGUCAUUGACAUUCAGUACGUUUUGGUCAACAGAACUUGUUCAGGUGGCGCUUAUAUGACAUGUACAUCACUUUUAUUAUUUAUCAGGAUAACAUUGUUUUAAAAAUAAAGUAUUUAAUUAUAGUAUCGUCAAAUCACCAACACCAACAAACGGAUUUUAUUGCAUAAAAUGGAAACAACUUUUUUUUUUUUUAAUUUUUGUUUUUACCUGCUUGAAAAGGUCAUUUUACAAUUUUAUAUUUUUUCUCCAAGUUCUAAAUUUUGUUAUGUUUUUAGUCCAAACUUUUAUUUUUUUACAAAUUCUGUUGAAAAUUAGUUUUUCUUUACAAAUUCACUUUUAAAAGACUUUUUUACAACUUUUAUUGAACUUUUUAUAAACAAAAAUUUACAAAUUUUUGUCCAACCUUUUCUUUUCCUUUGGCAAAUUGUUAGCCCAUUGUAACCUCUUCCAUUGCCUAUUUUACAAAGAUUAAUAUCACAAACUCUGGUACAUACUUUUGUACAUUUGUUUAUUUUAUUCUAUGCGUAAACUUUAGAUAAUGGGAGUUUACUCAGUGAUUAGUUAAUCAAAUAAAAUAUAAAGUUAAUUUUCUUGAAGUGGUUCUAAUGUUGUCAUUGCAAUUACUAUUUAGUCGAGAAACGAUGUUCAUUCAAGAGAUUGUCAUGAACAUUAGCAGUAAAUUAGAUCAAUGCAUACGUGGUAAAACCCCACACGUAAUUGGGAUGCACUCAUCGGUUAACACCAUCACAUCAUGGCUAAAAGAUAAAUCCUCUGACACUACUGACAUUCUCACAAUAUGGGGAAUGGCUGGGAUUGGAAAGACAUCACUGGCCAGAUAUGUCUAUGAAGUGCAUUAUAAUGAUUUUGAAAGAUGCAGCUUUAUUGAAGAUAUUGGAAGGAGAUGUACUGAAACGACCCAAAAAUACGACCCAAAAAUUUUGUUUUUAAUAUGAUCAAAACUGUGAUCAGAGCAUCAUAUAAUAAAACCAUGCGUGAUGUAUUCCAAAACAUAAUAAAAUACUAUGCGGAAAACUGUAUCAUACUACAUCAGAUCAAAACAUCUAAAUCAAUCCCAGGCUAAAGCUGAGGCGGUGGUGUGUGCGAUGCCAUCAUCCCGAGCUCUUCCCUUUGCUUGCGGAAGUACCUGAAACCAAAACUGAAACUGUAAGCACGAAGCUUAGUGAGCUCCCCCAAAAUACCACAUACCAUACAAUAACAUAUAACACAUAUUGGGCCUUGCCCACUGCAUCGGGCCGAAACCCGGAAACUGCAUCGGACCGAAAUCCGGAACUGACUGGGACCUUGUCCCCUGCAUCGGACCGAAGUCCGGAACUAACUGCAUCGGACCGAAGUCCGGAACUAACUGGGACCUUGUCCCCUGCAUCGGACCGGAGUCCGGAACUAACUGACUGAACAUAUCAUAGCAUAUCAACUAGCAUGAACACAUAUACUGCAUACUACAUCGAGCCGUAGCCCGGAACACAUAACACGUAACACAUAAAACAUAGCACAUAAAUCCUGUCUGAGCCACGAAGGCAUCAAACGUUCUAGCUGCUACAUCGGACCGAAGUCCGGAAACUACUGCUAACUGGACGGGCCGGCAUUGCGACCUUAGACCCGUCCCUACUUGAAGGAAACUCACCUCGUAAACUGGCGGCUGAGUGUGUGUCUCUGAAAGCUACCGGCUGCUGCUCCUGAAUCUCCUCGGCUACAAGCCCAUGAACACACUCAAUCAAAUACUAAACACUGCACUUGGGGUAAAAAUAACUCUUUUACCCUUGGUCAAAGUCAACUUACUUUUGGGGCUGACUCGCCGAGUUGGAUCACCCAACUCGCCGAGUCCUACUCUCACUUCUCAGUUCUACCCGCUGCUACUCGUCGAGUGUGGCAUCGACUCGACGAGUACCCUCUUGAUCCAAGAACUCAAACAAUCUUCAUCCGACUCGCCGAGCCGUAUGAACAAACUCGACGAGUUGUUCAUGAUCCUAAGAAGAUUGUCUUGGACUCGCCGAGUUGUAUGAACAACUCGCCGAGUCCCUCCAUCACUGAGUCUACCCUCAACUCGCUGAGUCCACUUUCUAACUCACUGGAUUCACUCGACACUGGUCAAAAUGAAGGACUCGGGAACUCGCGACCCAACUCGCCGAGUCGUUCUUCCCGACUCGCCGAGUUGCCGCCAUGCAACUGAUUUUUACUCGAUUUUGUUUGAAUCCAACGCAUACAAUUGAUAGAUCUGAGUCCAAUAAGCUGAUUUACCACGUAAAGUUUCCAACUUUACGUGCACAACCUCAUGAAUAAGGGAAAUAAGGCUAAAAGAUGCAUAAAAUGGGUAGAUCUAUGAUUAAUAAGCAAAGUAACUCCAAAAAGACAGAAGAUAUGGGCUCUACAACACCCCAACAUUCAGAUCCAAAGGUAUUUCGACUUAUUAAGACAUUCAUGCAAACAUAAGGCUUGGAACAAACAUCAAUUAGCUCUUAGAAGAGCUCUAAUGGAAGUUUAAAGCAUAAAAUAAGAAGGGAACUCCGAAAAUACCUCAAUAAACUCAUAUUUGCCCUUGGAUCUUUGCAAUACAACUCGUUUCCUUGCUUCUUUCUUCUUCUCCUUCUUCACACCUUCACAAAAUGGCACCAAAUCACUUAUAAGCUCUCAAGGGAGGAUUAGGGUUUUCUCACUGAGUUCUCAGGGUGAGGGAGGCAAGAAUGGGGCUAUAAGGUGGUUUAAAUAGUGGGCAACCCGGGGAUUUAGGGUUUCACCCAGACGGAUGGACUCGCCGAGUCCAGAAUAUGGACUCGCCGAGUCCCCGGCUCACGCGUGCUCGCAGCCGCGACCCUACUCGGCGAGUCAGGCUAUGAACUCGCCGAGUUCCUCUUGCAAAACUCACAACAAAGACCAAUAAAUUAACAUACCGGGAACGGGUCGUUACAUGUACACAACAAGUGAAUACAUUGUUUGAUUUACAAAAACAUCUACUUGUAGACAUUCAGAAAGGAAAUUUACAAAAGCUACAUGACGUCAAUUGGUGCACCAAUAAGAUUGAGAAUGUUCUACUCCAUAAACGAACACUGCUUGUUCUUGAUGGCAUUGAUAAUUUCGAGCAGUUGGAUGUGUUAAUUGGAACAAAAAGAUUUCAUCCAAGAAGCAAGAUCAUAAUAACAACCAUAGAUGGAUCGUUGACUGAAAAGAGUGGUUUAUUUGGUAAGAAUAUAUCACUCAAGCAUAUGAAGCACUUGCUUGAAGGAUUGGAUGAAACCGAAUCACUACAACUUUUAUGUUUACAUGCCUUUAAGUGCAAUGAUCCCAAGGAACGAUACCAAGAAUUGUCAAGAAAGGUUGUGAAACAUUGUGGAGGACAUCCAUUAGCACUUAAAGUUAUAGGUAGUUCUUUACGCAAUGACGAUGUGGUUGCAUGGGAGGAUGCCAUAGAGUUUUUGGAGAAAGAACCAAAUCCUGAUAUACAAAAGUUCCUACAAAUAAGUUAUGAUUCUUUAAGAUCCGAAAACGAGAAGGAAUUAUUCAAGCAUAUUGCUUGUUUUUUCGUUGGAAAAGAUAGAGAGUUCACUGAAAUGAUACUAAAGGAGUGUGGUAUCAAGACAACGUCAGGGUUCUCAAAGCUCAUUGAUACGUGUCUUGUAACUGUUGGACCAAGAAAUGAGUUAAUGAUGCAUCAACUACUUCAAGGUAUGGGGAGGGACUUAGUUCGUCAUGAAUCACCUAAGAAGCCAUGGAAGCGUAGUCGAUUAUGGCAUCAUGAUGAAUCAUAUGAUGUGUUGAAACAAGAUAAGGUAAUAGAGGUCAGAGGAGAUACAUGUGUCCUUAUUUUUUUAUAUAUAAAUUAUUUUGCAUUAUACAUAUACAUGAAUUAAUAAGUUAAUUUGCUAAUGUGUGCAUAUUUAUUUUUCUUGUUAGGGUACAAAUAAAAUUCAAGGCCUUGUCCUUUCCAAGAAAGUGGUUGAGGAUGAUACUUUAGGUGGUACAAAUACAUCCACCAAGGAACUUCCACGGAUUCAUUGGCUUUGCAACUUUUUCUCAAAGAUUUGGUGCUUAUUUGUUUGGGUAUUCUUAUUGUGUUUCUCUCAUCAUGACAAAGUCGACUUAAGAACAAUUGCACUUAGUAAAAUGGAUAAACUAAGACUACUCCAACUCAACUAUGUACAACUCCAUGGGUCCUAUAAACAUUUUCCAAAAGGCUUAAGAUGGUUGUCUAUGCAUGGAUUCCCUUUGAGUUACAUACCUUUUGACCUACAAAUGGAGAAGAUGGUUGCUCUUGAUAUGUCUUAUAGCAAUCUGCAACAACUUUGGAAGAAGCCAAAGUUGCUUCCAUCAUUGAAGAUUUUAAAUCUCAGUUUUUCCAAGAUUGUGAGAAUCGGUGACUUCUCAUGGCUACCAGCACUUGAGAGAUUGAUACUAACAAGAUGUGUAAGUCUGGUUAAGGUGUGUGAAUCAAUCGAGCUAUGCAAUAAACUUGUUCUCCUUGACGUGAGUUAUUGCAUUAAGCUCAAAAGGCUUCCAAGAAGCACGAGAAGGUUGAAAAACAUUAGAAUUCUAUUAGUAGGUGGUUGUACAAAUCUUUGUGAAUAUCCACGCCAUAUGAAAGAUAUGAAGUCAUUAGAAGUUUUGAAUGCUAGAGAAUUUAUCAUCAACUCGCAAUCAUCUCCGUAUGCCAUUGUGGAUGUGAUACAAAAAGGUUUAAAAGGUUUUUCACUUUUCAACUCCUUAGUAAGAAUAUCCCUCAAAAACAACAAUUUAUCCAACGAGUUAUUCCCCAUGGAUUUUAGCAGCCUGACAAAGUUGAAGGUGUUAAAUUUGAGUUGGAAUCCGCUAACUUCUUUGAAUGUGAGAAACCUUAGUAGACUUGAAGUCCUCUGUUUGGAAGGUUGUCAUUACCUAAAGUAUGUAUCAUGUAUCAGUAUGAUCGCAUAUAUGAAUAUCCAUAACUGUAGUUCACUAGAAAAAUUAGAAUAUGAACCGGUGACAAAACCAAAUAUCAGCUCUUUAUCAUCUGUAUCCGUGGUUGAAAUUGAAAGCAUGCGCAAGGUACAACCCCUAGCACAAGUGAAUGAAAACAUAAUCCGUAAUUUAGGCUGGAAGGAUUUAGUAAAUGUGAAAAACCAAAAUGUGCAUAUUAUAGAUGGAAUCAGAUGGGAUACACCGCAGAAACUUCAAGUCCAGAUGCUAUAUGAGCUUGGAAUAUUUAGCAUAUUAUUCAAGCAAAGAGCGAUUCCAGAAUGGUUCAGUCAAAGAAGCAAGGGAUCAUCAAUAACAUUUAUUGUGCCUUCAUCUCCUUACAAUCUUAGGGGAUUAAAUGUAGGCUAUGUAUAUACAUACUCGCAAUAUGGUGAAUGGGUCGAUUUAAUUCGUAAUAAAACUAAGAACCUCCACCAGAAAUAUUGUCCUAAUUUACAAGUGGUCAGAGUAGACGAUGAUGAAGAAAGCAUAGUAUGCAUAAGACAUUGGGUGAUUUCUAAUAAUGAGAUAGAAGAGGGCGACGAGGUUACUGUUGACAUUGCACUUACUAUGGGGAAUGGUUAAUGGUAAUUGAAUGUGGUAUAAAUCUUGUUUACAACCACAAAGAUGAUGGUGAUAACUCUUUGGCUGUUUACCAGUCAUGGAAAUAAAAUAUUUGUGCAUAUCUACAACACUUUUUGUUAAUGAUGGAAACAAUUACAAGAUGUACCACUAGUUUACUUCUGCUCCUG